AUGGGUUUUCAAUCCCUCCCCAAUGAAUUAUUGGAUAGGAUCGCGUACCAUGCCGAUCACGAGUCACUGCUGAAUCUGCGACUGGUCUGUCAGUCCCUAAGCGAUAUCUGCAGAAAAUGGCUGUUCCAGUAUACCUGCGUGGUGCCGACAGAUGAAAGCUGCGAGAGAUUUGAGAGCAUCCUCGAUCAUCCGGAACUCGCAUCAUGCGUGACAAAGGUAUACCUGGACACUACUAAAUGGGAUCAUGAGAUUGAAAUUGAAGAGUAUGAUAGCGACGACGAGGACAUAGAGUCCGAUAGCGACGGGGACGAAGAGUCUGAUAAACACCACGUGAAUGAGAUCUGGAUACCACGAUGGUAUAGCAAUCUUUUCAACCGGUUGGAAGAAUUACCCAGACUCCGCGGGGUUGUGCUACGUUUUCACCACGAGUGUCAGUCGCCUUUAUGGGUAGAAAUGAUGACGGAUAUCAUUCCCCAGGAGCCAAACUUCCGUCGCUAUGUCUUAAAACUAUUCAUGGAAUCUUUGGCUUUACUGCCUCAGCCUGUCCGGGAACUGGGUAUCCAUGAUCUGCAAAAUGUCAACCAGAGCAAGGAACAUAUCGUCGAAAAUAUCAGGAAGGUCCUAGGAGGGCUUGACACACUCCGACUAAAUAUCGCGAACGAACACAGCAAAUACUACAGGCCGCAGGAUCUGCAGCAAGACGAGCCCCACCGGUUCUUCUCGGAGCUUCCAUCAUUCUGGUUGAAGCCGACGUUGGCAAACCUUGAACAUCUCACUCUCAACUCGAGCAACUACUUCGGCUUCUAUCCGAAAUUCAACCCGACAGGGUUACACUUUCCCCGAAUUAAAACUCUCGCCUUCGGGCGUCUUGCCUUCAUUCAUGACUCGCAACUAGACUGGAUUUUAUCCCACGCCGAUACGCUCACGGAGCUGUACUUGGACAACUGUCCAAUUUUAUACGAAGUAUUAAUCCAUGACAAAGAACGAACAUACCUGGACCCAGCCUCGUUCGCUUCUAAAGAAGACCUGGGUGACAAGCACUACGCGACAUACGACAAGCGUUGGUAUGACUAUUUCAACGCCAUUAACGUCGGACUACCGCUUCUAAAACACUUCCGGUUUGGACGCUGCCCGUAUUGGCGGGAUGGGGAAUCGACUCCCUUCGAACAAGAACAAUACAUCAAGAUUAGCGCGCCGAGAGAUCGAUACAUGGUUUUUUGUGAUGGGGGUGAGUCUUCUCCGUAUAUGGAGACGACGAUAUAUCCCGAAGGAGUAAACCUAAGGACGCCACGUCCUGACUGCUAUGCCGAGGAUCAGAAGGCGUUAGAGACACUGUGUGCGAAAUUGGGACAGCAUGCAGAGUGUGAUCCCAUUGAAGAUGAAUUUCUACAUCCGUAG